AACGGCUAGUUAGUCAAUAUGCACACAAUCUCACGACCACAAACCGAAUCUCAACCGUCCGAUCACCCACAAUCCAACGGAUCCUAUUCAAAGAUGCAGAAUAUGACCGUUAAUAUUGGAGAGGCGUCUCUCCACUCGGAAGUAAUAACACACUCUUCUUCAUCAUCAUUGUCAGAAAAGUAGAUAUACAAAGACACGAAAAAACGAUUCUUGCGAGACAAACAAGGCAUUCUAGAGAGAGAAGCUGUGAAUUGCAGUAAUCAGAAACUUGGAAGAGAUGGCUUCUACAACUGUUGUUCCAGAGCAACCGAGGGUAGGAGGAGGGAAGCAGAAGAUUGUAGACAGAAAUAGGCGAGUCCUAAAAGAUAUUGGAAAUUUGGUUACUGCACAAGCUGUUGAGCGCAAGCCCCAUACUCAAAUCACUCGCCCUGUAACCAGGAGUUUUGGGGCACAGGUGUUGGCAAAUGCACAAGCAGCAGCAGAGAAAAACAUAUGCAAGAAGCCAUUGGUGGAAAGUGGAAACGAUUUGGUUGCUAAACCGAAAGCGUCGAAGAAGGAGGCUGUGAUUGUGAUCAGUUCGGAUGAAGGAGAGAGUUGCGAGAGUGGAAGGAAAGCGAGGGGCAGAUCUUCCAAGAAGCCUUGUAAAGCUUUCACCUCCAUCCUAUCUGCUCGAAGCAAGGCCGCUGCUUGUGAGGAUGUGGUUGUGGACAUCGAUGCAGAGGAUGCGGAUAAUGAAUUGGCAGCUCCCGAGUAUGUGGAAGACAUGUACAAUUUCUACAAGCUCACUGAGGGCGACGGUCGAGUUGAUGACUACAUGGGAUCACAACCAGAAAUCAACUCGAAAAUGAGAGGCAUUCUUGUGGACUGGCUGAUUGAAGUGCAUAGGAAGUUUGAGCUGACGCCGGAGAGCCUCUACCUGACAGUCAACAUCGUGGAUCGAUUCCUCUCGCGCAAGGCUGUUCCGAGGAGGGAGCUUCAGCUGGUUGGGAUAAGCUCAAUGCUCAUCGCCUGCAAAUACGAGGAGAUAUGGGCGCCAGAGGUGAGCGAGUUGGUGGCUAUAUCAGACAAUGCGUAUGCGCGAGAGCAAGUGCUUCUGAUGGAGAAGGCGAUUCUUGGGAAGCUGGAGUGGUACCUCACUGUGCCCACUCCCUAUGUGUUUCUGGUUCGAUACAUCAAGGCCUCCAUUCCAUCUGAUAAGGAGAUGGGGAACAUGACAUUUUUCUUUGCUGAACUCGGGCUGACGAGCUACUCGGCCAUCACGCGGUAUAGCCCCUCGGUGCUUGCUGCUUCGGCUGUGUACGCUGCUCGUUGCACGCUUGGAAGGAGUCCUCGGUGGACGGGGACUCUUAGGCAGCACAGCGGCUACGAGGAAGAGCAGCUCAUGGAGUGUGGCAAGGUUUUGGGGUCAUUGCAGCGUGGGUUGGGUGAGAGCAAGCUGAAAGCAGUGUGGAGAAAGUAUUCUAAGCCGGAGAGGGGCGCGGUUGCUAUGCUUCCUCCAUCCCUUCUCUCAAACCUAUACUUGUGUUAACCAAUUCACAAAAAUUAUAGAUUCAGAUCAUUUUACCUAUCAUGAUCUCUCUUAUCUUACUUUUGAAUAAUAUCCAGUUUGUUUUCUUUUAGUAUUUUGAUUUUGAUUGAUUUUACUUGCUAGUAAAAAUCAUUUUAUUUGUUUCA